ACACCAUAAUUUAGACGGUAGUACUGCAGUAGCUUAGCUAGCAAAGUCUGCUCUUUAUAAAACCCCCUGUCACCCUCACAUCCUCUUCCAUUCUCUCACAAAAAUCCAAUUCUCUCUCCUCCCAAAAUAAUCUUCUCUUCUUCUUCAUCUUCUCAAAAAAAAAAAAAAAAAUUAAUAAUGUUGUCAAGAUCAAACACAUUAGCUUGGAUGGGUGGUGAAAGAGAUGAAGACAAUUCACCACUUGCAUGGAACAACAACAACAGAGGCCUGAAUUGUGAUAACGCUGUUGCUGCUGCUGCUGCUGGGGGUGGUGGUUGCGGUAGCGGUGACGGUGGCGGCCGAGGCGAAAGCAACAGAGAGGGUUUUGUUAGCAAUGUGGAUGUUGUUGGUUCACUCUCAUCUUUCAAGUCAAUGCUUGAUGUGGAGAAUGAGUGGUAUAACACCAUUAAUAAUAACCAAAAUACAAUGAAUUUCUCAAAUGAAGGUACUGAGAAUCUUCUGUUAAACCAGAUUGAUUCGUCUUCUUCGUGUUCGCCAUCACCCUCCGUUUUUAAUGGUAAUACUCUCGACCCAUCUCAGGUUUCCUACCUGUUUUCGUCGAAACCCACCAUUUUUAACAACCCUUUAACUCAGGGAUUCGGUCUGAGUAAUGGGUUUUUCCAGGAACCUCACCAAAUUCCUGAUUUGAUGAACAGGGGUGGUGGGAUUUUGAGUGGUUUUACUGAAUUUAGCCAUCAAAAUGAGAUGGGUAGUCCUAAUUUGGGGAGUAAUUCUCAAUUUUCGACUCCCCAUUUGGUUCAAUUGGGGGAGAAUGAUGGAUUUGGGAUUGGUUCGGGGUCUCGAUUUCGAGGUUUGGAAGAAGGGUUAGGGAGUUCAAUGUUUAUGAAUAGGACAUCAAAGCUAUUGAAACCUCUAGAUAACUCUGCACCUGUUGGUGCACAGCCUACUCUCUUUCAAAAGAGAGCUGCCCUUAGGAAGAAUGUUUUUGGUGUUGGUGAUGGUGGUAGUGAUUCUGGGAAUUUGCUGAACUCUCGUGGUGGUGGAGGUGAUGAUUCGGGGUUCAAUUCCAACGGAGGCGGCGAAGGAGGGGACGAUCGGAAAUUGAAUUCCGGUGGAGAGAAUGAAAAGAAGAGAAAAUUUGGGAAUGUGGGUGUUUUAGAUAGUGUUAGCCUUGAUGGCUCAGCUUUUAAUUAUGAUUCAGAUGAUUUUACUGAAAAUAAUAGUUUUAAGAUAGGAGGAGAUGAUGGGGCUAAAAAUGGUGGCACUAAUUCCAACAAUAAUAGUACAUUAACCGGUGGUGGUGGUGGUGGUGGCGGUGUUGAUUCCAAAGGUAAGAAGAAAGGGCUUCCGGCUAAGAACUUGAUGGCCGAAAGGCGGCGCCGGAAGAAGCUCAAUGAUAGGCUAUACAUGUUACGAUCCGUCGUCCCCAAGAUCAGCAAGAUGGAUAGGGCUUCCAUACUUGGGGAUGCCAUAGAAUAUUUGAAAGAGCUGCUGCAAAAGAUCAAUGAUCUCCAUAAUGAACUGGAGUCGACCCCUCCUUGUUCAUUGCCGCAAACAACAAACUUCCAUCCUUUAACUCCUACUCUGCCAAACUUGCCUUCUAGAAUCAAGGAAGAACUCUGUCCUAGCUCAUUGCCAAGCCCUAAUGGUCAACCUGCAAGGAUUGAGGUAAGGUUAAGGGAAGGAAGAGCUGUGAACAUCCACAUGUUCUGCGGCCGUAGACCAGGUCUGUUGCUCUCUACUAUGAGAGCUUUAGAUGGUUUAGGCCUUGAUAUCCAGCAAGCGGUCAUCAGCUGCUUCAAUGGCUUUGCCAUGGAUAUUUUCCGCGCUGAGCAAUGCAAGGAUGGUCAGGAUCUGCACCCUGACCAAGUCAAGGCUCUGCUCUUGGAUUUAGCCACCUUCCAUGGCUCAACAGUGAUGGGUAAUUGCAACAUGUGAAUCGUGUACCAACUGUUGUUGUUGUUGUGGAUCCAAACAAGAUGCUACUAAAGAGCAUCACUAAUUUCAAAAUUUGUCUGCAUUUUUCGUACUUUUAAUUUAAGAACUGUUUUAGUGUAACAGCCUAAGAGGUGAAGAUGGUCACUUUUUAUUGCUUUUCUUAUUUAAUUUACAAUCAUUUACAUUGUAGGUGCUUUUAAGAUCCUGCACUUUUUAUCAUGUAGUUUUUGACAAUUUUAAUACAAGUAAAAUUUUCAAUAA